CGUUCAGUCAGUUGUUUCCAGUCGGGAACAUUUCUGGUCGGACUGCUUCAGCAUGACAAACCAAAUUAGCAAUAAACAUUUGUGAAAUUCAAGUUUAAAAAACCUAUAUACCUGCAAAAAACACGUAAUAUUACAGUUUAAACUAAAUAUUUAGCGUGUCAGCUGCAGCGUUCAUACGCCAUGCAUUCAGAGUGAAGUCGCUGUUUAUUUUCACACAGAUAGCGGUUUGUUUUGGUUUCAUUUCUUCGGAAUAUCACUGUGUUUAAAGAUGGCAGGACUGGAGCUGCUCUUCAACUGCGUGUCAAACUCUUUAACCUGUUCCCAAGAUGCUCUGAUUUGUUUCGUACACUGGGAAAUCGUGAAAGGUGGCUAUAAAUGUCUGGGCAUUGGAGAUGAGCCUAAAGAUGGAGAGAAGAAGUCAGAGCUGCUUCCACCCGGCUGGAAUGAAAGCAAGGAUCUGUAUGCACUCAGAUACAGAUCCAAUGAUGACAAGUCAAACCUACUGCUCAAAGCCUUCACAGUGGAUUCAACCCUCAUCUUCAAUCUAAUGGACUCCAAGACAGAAAAAGUAACUGAUCUCACCGUUAACAUCAGUGAGUAUGUUGAUGAAGCCAAUCUGCAGACGUUUGAAAGUGUGUUUAAGAACACAGACGAGCUGAUCACGAAGCUAAAGUCCUCACUGCUGCCCACUGAAAAAGAGGAGCGUCAAGGAAAGACAGAGAAGAAGACAGAAAGUGAAAGAGCCUCAAACUUAAGGGACCCUCUCAGGGAUCCUCUCCUGAUC